CAGAGUGUUCCAGUCCGCAACCCCUUGGUAUGGAGGACGGGACAAUCCAAGAUGAUCGCAUCACGGCGUCCAGUAUUCUGAGCACUACAUAUCCAGCCCGGGAGGCACGCCUCAACAAUGACAAGGGAUGGUUAGCCUCGAGUGGCGACGCCAAUCCCUGGAUCGAGGUGGACCUCGUCCAGAGUACAGUGGUGACGGGCGUCAUCACACAAGGCGGCUACAGUUGGUAUGUGACUGCGUACAAGGUUGCGUAUAAGAAGCAGCCCUCAUCCGACCGUGAACACGUGACGGAUGGAAACGGAAACGUCAAGGUGUUCAUCGGUAACACUGAUGCCGACACCUCGGUCGCUAACCUGUUUGAUGAGAGUGUGGUCGCCACGGUAGUGCGCAUUGAGCCUUCUGAAUGGCAGAAUGGUGGUGCUUUGCGAUUGGAGCUGCUUGGAUGUCGUCGUGGUUAAUUCAGCUGAAGCAUUCAGGUGAUUCUCUCCGAUAGCGCUGACAAAAUUUCACUCUAUAUAAAAGUAAAUGCGACGGUAGAUGAUAUUAAGGUUGAUAAUAAAUACCAUGCUUUGUAGGAGGAAUAUUUACACAAA